GCACAUUUACCCUCUAAUUGCCACCCGCCAACAUACACAAAGAAGAAGACGUAGGGGACGGAGAAAACGAAGAAGAAGAACAACAGGCGCUUUUAGCUAGCUUGGCGGGUAACGUCGAGGAAAUUCUGAGAGUCGUCCCUUUUCAUCUCACCGCCUCCCCUUCACACGUGCUGCAGGAUUGUUGGGCUUUUAGCUCUCGUCCAAACCUGCCAACAUGCCAGCCGCAAUAACUGAUGCCAGUCAGAUGAUCUGUGAAGUCUGGGCGAGUAAUGUGGAGGACGAAAUGAGGAAGAUCCGGCAAGUUAUUCAAAGCUACAGUUUCAUUGCCAUGGACACAGAAUUCCCUGGAGUGGUUGUCCGGCCAAUCGGUGAAUUUCGAAGCACAGUAGACUACCAGUACCAGCUGCUCCGGUGUAAUGUCGACCUGCUGAAGAUCAUCCAGCUCGGCCUCAGUUUCAUGAACGAGGCGGGAAAAUAUCCUCCUGGCACGUCGACGUGGCAGUUCAACUUCAAAUUCAACCUCACAGAAGACAUGUACUCGCAGGACUCCAUAGACCUACUCCAGAACUCCGGCCUCCAGUUUAAAAAGCAUGAAGAAGAGGGAAUCGACACACUCUACUUUGCUGAGCUCCUCAUGACAUCCGGCCUGGUGCUGUGUGAAAACACAAAGUGGCUCUCCUUCCACAGCGGCUACGACUUCGGCUACCUGGUGAAGCUCCUAACAGACGCACGGCUCCCUGAGGAAGAACACGACUUCUUCCAGAUCCUCAACCUGUUCUUCCCCGCCAUCUACGACGUCAAGUACUUGAUGAAGAGCUGCAAGAACUUGAAGGGAGGGCUGCAGGAAGUAGCGGAGCAACUGGAGCUAAAGAGGAUCGGGCGGCAGCAUCAGGCCGGGUCCGACUCGCUUCUCACCGGCAUGGCUUUCUUCAGGAUGAAAGAGCUUUUCUUUGAGGACAAUAUCGAUGAUGCAAAGUAUUGUGGGAGAUUAUACGGCCUGGGCUCGGGCUCCACCCAGCCACAGAACGGCAUCUCCGGCUCGGGUCAGGAGGAGACCAACAACAAGCACUGACUGACCUUCAAGUGGAACACGCACUUGUUUUAAAAACCCAACCAGCAGAUUCCCCCCUGAUCUCCCUCAACACGUGAUCCCUGAACGAGACUAAACAUAUUUCUUUACAUUUUCCUCCCGAGUGACUGUAAAAUGGACACGGACUCACAGUGACAUUGGAUCCUUCACUGGCUCAGACGUUUCUUUUUAGUCGCUUUUACUGAGUAUAUGGCCACAUAUUCAGAACCAUUUUUUUAAACCUGUUUUUGUUUCGCAGCAUUAUUCCCCCCC